AUGCCGAUCAUCAAGGAAGAUCGGCUCCAACAGUACGAUGUCAGCGCCUUCCGAUUUGAUAAAAUGAAGGAGGAAGUUGCUGAUGCCAUGAAAGAAGACUGGAAAAGGGACACCAUUGAUGAUGCGAAGAAGCGGGCGAUUACAACAACCUCGAGUUACGACGAGUUUCGUUCUCGGGUGGCUGGUUGUCAUCUGAAGCCCAUUCACAAGAAUGAGUUCAACGCUCCUCCAAAGUUUGCUUUCAACAGGCAAGUGGAAAGGAGCAAAGUGGUGCCAGGAACCAACGCGUUGUCCACAACUGUUCUGAAUAAAGCUGCAAGAUGCGGUGGCCAGACAGAAAUUCGAAGUAUCCGCGAGCUUGACAAAGAGCUGCGGCGACGACGCACUGCAGAGGAUAAAGCCGACCUGGUGAUCCAAAUGAGCUCUGAAACAGUGCAGCGUGUCUUCAGUCGAGAAAUGGAUGCUGAGGUGUUCCAGCAAUUGCUGGAGGCAUUGGAGCAGGCAGAUAGAUCCACGGUUCCUCAAGGAACGGCUACGCGAUUUCUGGAUGACUUGGCUUCGCUAUGCCCUUCAUCAACGUCCCAAGCUUCUGCUUUCUUUUCGCCAGAGGAGCGAGGUCUGAUCACACGACUUCUUGCUAGAGAUGAGGCUCAACCACAUGAUCCCAGCAUUGUGCGACUUUGCGCGAGUUGGGGCAUUACCCCUUCCAGCUUGUCUGCCGCUACUUUGCAAGCGCCAGCAAGCCAAGCAAGCCGUGCCGCUGUCCCUGAUGGCGUUCACCAAGACGUGAAAGAGAAUUACGAAAGCAUGGUCUUCCCCGACACUUAUCACCUACACACCUUGGAGAAGGUCCUGGCCACUUGUGCGCAGGUCCACUGGUCUAUUGAUUUGGUUCACUUAAUGCAAAAUCUCCUGAGACGUCUUACAGUACACCUUGUUGAAGGAGGCGGUGUUGCUUCCAGCUCCAGCUCUGUGGACGUGUUUGUGCUUUUUCACGUGCACUUGAAGCAGCUGCAUGGGCGACCGCGAACUGCAGCCACGCCGCUGAUUUCCCUCCUCACGCUGCAGCUUGAACUUUGCAUGUUCGUCCUCGCUCUGCAGCCAGGUGAAGGCUGCUUGGAAAUCUUGGAGGGCACCGUCAGCCUUCUGUCCAACUCAGGAGAAACAGGCGACUCUGUGGAGCACCUGGACACCCAGCUUGCACAGGCAGUCGUGGACCUUAUGGCUGCUCCCCUAACAAAGGAGGGGCUCUGCUCGUCUGUCCUGAACAUGCCAUACCACUCGUCUUUGCUGGCAAUGCUGUCGCCAGCAAUGCAAGGCAGGGCAGCAAUGGCUAUGGUGACUGCCAUCUUGGCGGGGGAUGUGAGCUUGCAAAACUGCGAGACUUUGCGCCAAUUGUUUGCGCUAAUGGGCACGUUGCUUCGAGAUGAGACGGGCCAGGAUGGCAGAGACGACCGUCCCAGGCACUUGGAGCAUGAUCCAAUCGCAUUUCGGCGAGAGCAAGAAACUGUUGCACAACUGAUUCACCAGGUCCGCCAUGAGGAUCCCGCCGUCCUCAUCGACAUGCUGUUUGUACUUUGGGAAUACUUUCAGGAGGGCGGACCGCACCGAAUCAUCUUCACAGUCCCUGCCAUGGUCACGGCCGUUUUGCAGCUGGCGGAUCGGUUGACCUCCCAAGGUCGAAACCGCGAACACGAGUGCAGCCAGUUGAGCAGGAUGUUUGACUUCACGCACUCUUUGUGCCAAAGCCUGGGAACACUUGUCCCCAAGGAGUCUUUCCGACUCUGGCUUCUUUGCGCGGCUUCAGCAGACCGUGCGGCGGCGGCAAAAACCUGUCCCAGGCUGACUGAGCUUGGCUCCAGGUGCGUAGACAGAGCCCUGGCUUGCUUGGAAGAGCAAAUCCUCAAGCAGGAGGCACGGUUAUGUGGCCUGCAGCUGCUGGUUGGAACCCUUCAGCAGAUGAAGUUGGGCCCGGAGGAGCCUGUGAAGAUCCGCCAGCGAGCCGUGGCAUUGUGCAGCAAGAUGCUUUCAAAGAGUUUUCAGAGCAAAGCUUUUUGCCUCUGCUGCGAGCUGUUUUGGCUUCCACAGCCAGAGUUGCAGGAUGCUGACGGUGGCCUGCUCUGCCUCAGGCGAGCUUUGCAAAGUGCCGACGGUGCUAUACACUCGGAUCCAUCCGAUGUGGGUCUCUUCGUGGACAUCCUCAACAAGGUUGCGCGCCUCUUCGCCAAGGGCGCUGGUGAGGUCACCUACCUGGAGGUUGAUCUCCGGCCAGCGGAGCAGCUGCAGUGCAAAGCAACGCUGGCAUCACAAAUGCUGAGUCAGCUUCUAACGGCUCGCAGUAUAGCCAUCAUCUUUGUAGAGCAAGAUGGUCAGCAAUAUGGUGCCCUCUUUGCCAACCUAAGCCUGGUCGCCAAAUCUGCCUUCGUUUUCUCUCCGGAGAAUUUUCAGAAGCCUUCGUUGGCAAAAGGCCUCCACAUCCGGGAGAUCCGCCCGGAAGUUGCCAGCGAUACUUCACUUGCUGGACUGGGAAGGCUUGUCCACCACCCCGAGGAGUUCACUGUUGGCGCAAGAACGUUUGAGAUCACCCGGUGGCCUCAACCGGGCUGGCGUCCUUUAGAUCCUGGUACCGGAGAUGAGGCGGGAACAACAGAAGGCGAUUUUGAGGUCAAGUGGCAGGGCGAUUAUUUCCACGGACACAAUCUGGCCAUUGCCACCGAGAACAACAAGUAUCUGGAUGGCUUGGGGGCCAUGCCGGAGGAAGCAGUUGCAGACAAGCCUGCAGAUGCAGGUGCUAUAUACCUAUGGAUGAGUGACUACCAUCCUGACGGUGGUCAAUUGUUUUGGCCACGAACGCCCGUGCCAUUUACGGUGUGCCUUGGCCCUGCUUCGAUUGGAGAUGAUAUCAAGCCAGAGGACAUGAGAGCUUUCCAUGUGCCAAGAGGGAAGGGCAUCUACAUUCACCCUGGGACGUGGCACAACGGAAUUUAUGUUGCUCCACGCCAUGCUUCCUCACCUGUUCGCUUCUUGACGCGCCAGGGCAGGGUACAUGCUAGAAUUUCAGUCAGCUGGGCGGCAGAAUUUGGUACCCUGCUGAAAGUUCCGCUGGAGUGA